AUGGGCCAUAUUGUUCACCCAAAACGGAAAACAAAGGCAAUGCAUAACAUUUUACUCCACGAACGUCGUCGACUCUCAGCGCGACAGAUGCUUGGUGCUUGCAUAAUGACCGGAAUGCCAUAUACAAAAGGUGCUCGCUUUCUUUCUCUUUGUGGAACUAAGCCCCCUGUGAAGAGUGGUGUCAUGAGACAACAGAGAUUUUGUGACGAUAAGAUUAGAAGACUUAAAAGUAUUUCCCUAAUGCUGUCGAGAAAGUCCUUCAGUGGUUACUUAUCCAUUGAUGCAAGAUGGACGCACAGGCGAAACUCGCCAAGUUGUACAGUAACUGCGCUCGAUGCUGUCACAAAAAGAGUUCUUGCAUGCGUGAACAUCAACCAUAUUGGUGGAAACAGACAGCAUGCUCAGUAUUCCGGAGCUUCCAACAAUAUGGAAAGUGCUGGAACUCGAAUCAUCUUGAAGCAAUUAAAGAAAUACAAUAUCUUGAAAGAUGUUAAAGAGAUUAUUAAAGACCGAGAUAACAAAAGUGUCUCUGUCUUUAAAGAAUUUGGCGUCUCUCAUCUUGAAAGAUUCGAUCCAGGUCAUGUAUCAAAAAUAUCUCAAAAGAUUUUACAAAGUUCUCAGCUUCUCAUAAGACAGUUGAAGUUUUCAACGACAAGACUCAGAAGAUUGAAAAAAUAG